AAAAGGGUGGGGAAGAGAUGGAGUAGACAUGGAGGAAGAAUCAUUUAACUGAGAGAGAAGAUAAAACCCUCUCAGACACACAGCGAAAAUGAGGGUUUCACUUUGAGCAUUCUAUCGCCACUGCCGUACAAAAUGAAACCUACUUUACCAAAAUCAGACACAAGGAUUCAAAGGAAUCUCAUUCUUCUGCCAUUUUAAUCUUCAGGCUCAGACUUUCUUCUCUCCUCCGCUGUCUCCAUGUGCUGCUAAUGUGUCUUCUGCUUUCUGUGACACCAUUUUCUGACAUUUUCAUGGCCGUCUCUCCUCACCCACCAACGUGUUUCUCUACCACCUUUUAGUCACUGAAGCAACCAUGUCAGAGGACAUUACAAAUAUGAAGGAUCCUUUGUUUUUGGACAAGAGUUUCAAUGGUAUAUCGGAUGAAAUCUUCGACGAUGUCAUAAAAUUCUUUGAUUUCCCGCUCGACGAUGUGGAAGCUAAUAUUGCGGAAGAAGAAGAUUGGGAUGCUCAAUUUAAACGCAUUGAAGAGCCAUCUUUUGAUGUGUUCUCAGUGUCAUCAUCUGAAUUGUGCGGUAAAACUCAAAACAAUUUACACCUUGGGAGGACUUUCUCUACUCGUAAGGAGAUUUCUCAUGUAAAACAAAUGGCAGAGGCUGCUAAGCCUAACGUCUACCUCAAUAAAAAGGAUCAGCCCCAGUUCCGAACCUACAGCCCAGUUUCUGUAUUUGAAAGCACUACAUCUUCCUCUGGUGAGAGUUCCAACUUUGAUCUACCCGUCAUCCCAAGGAAGCGCCCUCGAGGGAGGCGCCAGCGCCUGUCCAGCUUUGCCUCUCUAUUGUCGAUCCCGUUCACCUCUACAUCACUGGCAUUGCGAAAAUCACGGAAGGGAGUUGCUGCAGGACAGUUAUUAAAUGGGGUGAAAAGGAAGCAGAGGAAGAAGGAUUUCUCCAUUCUCUCAAGUGAUGUCAAGAGGAACGGAUCAUCAUUAGGAGAUUCAGGUGCCCCUAGAAAAUGCAUGCAUUGUGAAACGAUGAAGACCCCACAGUGGAGGGAGGGACCUAUGGGUCCAAAGACUCUCUGUAAUGCAUGUGGGGUUCGAUACAGGUCAGGUCGCCUGUUCCCUGAAUACCGCCCUGCAGCUAGUCCCACUUUUGUACCAUCUCUGCAUUCCAAUUCUCACAAGAAGGUCAUAGAGAUGAGAAACUCGGCCAUGCAAGAGGCUAGGGCUUCUAUUUUGGGUUUGUCAUCGAAUUAACCUUCCUGGAAAUCAUUUAGGAUAGUAUCUUGUCAUAUUUUAUUGAGUGUAGUCGAAAACAGGUGCCUCUUUUUUCAUUUUUCUCACCUUUUUAUUAUUAUAACGUUGCAUUGCUUAGUUUCAUUUUUUCUUUUAAUCAUGUAAGUCAGUGGAAUGUAAAAGGUGCCAGCAGCACUAGCACAGUAUUUCUGCAUGUUAGGCAUUCCGGAAACACGUUGUCAAUUUUUAGACAGAAGUAGAUGGAGUACAAGUUCUUAAAUUCAGACAUUUGCAUGUUUACCCAAUA